AUGGAAUUUAUGAUCCUGAAAAUAUUACCGAUAGAACUAUUUAAAUACAGGUUGCCUUUCUACCUAGCGUCAUUCUUUGUCAGUCUCCUUUUCCUGCUGGUGAAUUUAACUUGUGCAGUGCUCGUGAGAAAAGAUACUUCAGAAAGGAAUACUAUUGUAUUGGUCAGGGUUGCUAUUAAUGACACAUUGUUUUUGUUGUUCGCCAUCUCAUUCUCCAUCUGUCUUUAUAAGAUUUCCAAGAUGUCCUUUGCAAAUAUUUACUUGGAAUCCAAGGAUCAGGCAGAUCUGAAAUGCCAGUUGGGGGAUGCUGGAUAUGUGGUAUUUGGAAUAAUCCUCUUUGCGUGGGAGCUUCUACCCACUUCCUUAGUUGUAAUCUUCUUCCGUGUUCGGGAUCCUACAAAAGAUCUAAGAAACCCAGGAAUAGGACCAACUCGCGCAUUCAGUCCAAGAUCUUGUUUUUUGGACAGUCCUCACAGAUAUGAUAGUGAUGAUGACUUGGCAUGGAGCAUUUCACCACACAGCAUACAUGGCAGUUUUUCUCCAGACUACAAGGCACACUAA